UGACUUUGCCCUCACCCACGCGCGUGCUGGUGCUGUGCAGUGAGCCUUCGUCUGCCUGCUCGCGUCCCUCGUCGAUCUGCGUUUCGUCAAAUUCGAAACGACCAGGGUGCGCCGGCCAAGACGCAGCGAACCGAGCGUUCGUGUAACUCGACGUCCGUGUGUUUAGGACCAAUUCGCCCCAGCACUACGUUCAUUUGCAGCAGCUGUUCGCAUGCGAGGAUCCGCGGUGGGCGCUCGUCGGAAUCGCUGUUUAUCCCAAGCUCCCGAAAAUGUCGAACCAGGACGAGGUCGAUCCUCGCCAGUUCCUCGAGCGCAUGCGCACGCUGUCUGACCUGCGAGACCACGAGGACGCCGAGCGGGUCAAGAAGCUCGAAGAAGAGCUUAUACAGGGCCGGAGCGAACGACUCGCGCGCAGAGCAGAACGCGCUCGCUCGCUGUCUCCCGACAAGCCCACCACGCCCCAAUCGCACCGCUCCCUCGCCGACGCUCCUCGGAGUGUGCAAGACAAGCUCGCUGACACGCCCACGCCCGCCAUGGAGCCGCCGUCCCAGGAGAGCGCCCGCGAAGAGUCCCUUCAGCAGCUGACGGGCUCGCCCGCACAGCUCGUCGAUGACACGGAACCGAAAAAGCCCGCCCCGAGCGCGGCUGCACUGGGCCGCUCAGGAACGCUGUCGUGGCAGCAACGGAGGCCGCAGUCGGCCAGCAUGCGGAGGCCAAUCUCGGUGGCCCUGGGCUCUCCAGACAGGGCGACAGCUGGCUCACCACGCACCUCGGAGCCGCCCUCUCCAGAACGACCCGCCUCGCGCACGCAGAUAGCGCAGUCGCUGAGCGCCAAAGACCCUUCUUGGUUCAAACAAACAGCAGAUCGAGGGAUUGGAUCUGCCGCGUACAGGAAGAAUCAGGAGGACAACGUCUCUGAGGCGGGGUCUAUAUCCGGGAGGAAACAGCUACCCGGCAUGACGCGCGACUCGACAGCGGAGCUUGAAGCAGCAUCCCCGCCCCUGGAGAGUGCUCGUUCGAGCGGUUCAGUCCGCAGCAGCGCUCUCCUCGGUAACCGCAUCUCCGCCACCGCAUCGCUAUCUGGCCCUGAUGCAGAGUCGACCUCCAAGCCCAAAUCGCCGCUUCCUGUGCUCGAUGCGCAGAAGUUUGCGCCUCCGUCAGAGGGCGGGUCUUCCGUGGACGGAGGUGAUCGCGGUUCGGUUCGUGGCCUGGCAAUGUCGCCGACGCAAGGGCGCAUCUCUCCUGAUCGCCCCGCAUCUCCCACCAAAGGCAUGGGCGGUUUCGUUCAGAGCGCCAUCAUGAAGCGUAGCGACAGUGUGAGCAAGAGGUGGAGCUCUCAAGCACCACCAAGCUUGAGCCGACAAAAUUCCACUCUGAGCAACAGAGGAAGCACCUAUGGCACGCUGCCUCCACCGGCCUCAAGACCGAGCACCCUGAGCCGAGACAACUCAACCGAGCCUUCGUCUCGACCAAGCUCUAGCGCUGGUCUCGCAAGCAUCACCAAAGACGCCGCGGAAAGCCCAAACAAACCGGACUUCGUCAAGCCCGCGCUACCUCGCCACAGCCGUAGCAAGUCUGUUGCGUCUACGUUCAGCGAAGGUCAGCCGCAGCAGGAUGAGACUUCACCUCCAAGUCCAUCGAAGCGCUGGAGCCCGACAAAGUCCAGCUGGCUAGAAAGCGCACUCAACAAGCCAGAGUCUCCGAAACCCCAGCAACCGCCUCCGCAGCAGCCCGCCUGGAUGAGUGAGCUGAGUCGCAUCAAACAGCAGCGCGGCAGUGUAGAUUUUGGCAAAGUGAGCCCAUUGCAGAGCCCGCCUGCUGAUUUUGCAACAACUUCUGGUAGAUCAUCGCCAAUCAAGGAGGUUCAACUGAGACCUGUGAGCCUGCGUACUAGAUCAGAAUCUCCUUCGAAGAAAGAAGAGCCAACUCCACUUCAUAAAACGAUAAAGCCAUUGCAAAGCCUGCAAAGCUUGCGUGAGAAGCCUGACUCACCAAAGAAAGAGGAGCCAGCACCCAUCGAAGACGCAAAAUCAGUGCUGCCAUCUCCGAAACCAAAACCUGUGGUAGGUGUAAAGCCAUUGAUGCCUGCCGACGAGAGUAAUUCUGCAGCGGACGAAUCUGUACCCCUGAGUGCAGAGCCCGAGACACCGAAAAGCCCUCCUACUACAACAGCUACAAAACCUGCAAUAUCUUCAUCUCGUUUCGCAAAAGGUACUGCUCUUUCACCUGCUGCCGUAAAACCGAAGCCUGACACACCGCCAAAAAAAGACUUCCGUGCAACCUUGAAGUCACGCCAACCUGUUGGAAGCAACUCAAAGAGUGAGGAAGUCAACGAGUUGCAGAACGUUUUCGGGAAAUUGAGACGAACGGAGACGAAGAACUAUGUUGCGCCGGAUGUGUUGAAAAAUAAUAUCCUCUCAGGAAAGAAUGCUUUGAAUGUGACAGGCGGACCAAAGCCUUCCGUACGCCGAGACGAAUUCCGAGACAGCCUGGUGUCGACAAAAGCCGCUAUGUUAGCGAAAGCUCAAGAGGAAGGGUCUGCUGCUCACAAAAGGACAGAUAGCACCGCCUCCGCCAAAGACGCCCCAACACCCGAAGCCAUAGCAGCCCGAAAGAACCUGGGGAGGUCGGACAGCUUUUCCAAGCCUCUGCCUCCGAAAGAGACAGGUUUUACACCAGAGGCAAUCGCCCGGAGGAAGAGUCUCAGGACAAGCAGGCCGGUGGUUACUGAAAAAUCCGGGCAGCCGAUUGCUCCGCUCGUGAACAAGGAAACACCCCUUUUAAAGUCUAGCAAACUUGCAGACCGAUUCAACCCGGCUUUGGCAAACAUGUUGGCGCGAGGACCGCCACCUAUGGCCGGAUCUGGAGGUACUGCCAAGGAAGACGUAGAAGAAACUCUGAGCAAGCCAGCUCAGGAGGAAAAGACCGGCCCCGCUCCAGAGUUGACUCACAUGACCAAGGGAAGGGCCCGAGGACCGAAGAGGCGAGCACCAGGUGCGAAGCAGAGUGAGACGAAGUCAACGGACACUCCGCAGAAAGCGAACAUAGAAAAGGUAGCUCCAGUCGCCACGGUUCCGUUGGUCAAAACCGAACAUGUUUUGCCCAGCUCUGAGCCCCCUAACAAUGCCCCAGUGGACCGAACGCCUGCCAGAAAUUCAUUGAAGGACAAGCCAGUCACACCGGCAAAAUCUCCAGAUCUGUCCAAGAGACUUUCAAAGUCGCCAACGCCGGAACCGCCAAAGAAACCCGCGUCUCUGGAACUGAAGCGGGAGGUGUCCUCUGAGCCUCAAGCUACUUCACAAAAAUCGCCUUUCGUGCCAGUCGCGCAGUCUCCUAAACCUGUACCAUCGCCAUCGUACUCUGUCAAGCCGAGCUCGGUGUUCCAAUCACGACCACUGCCAACGCCCCUGCCUCAGUCAGAGAGUCAGGCUUUGAAAGAGAUUGCACCUCCCAACACCGGUAGUGCUAGGAAGGAAGAGCAAUCGCCGGACAAGCCAUCCUUCUCUGUAAAGAAUGCCACAGCUCUUUGGGGCAGUCAAUCGACUUCGUCAUCGCCCGUCUCGACCAAGCCGAAGUCACCUAUCAAGCUUCCGACGAGAGCAGACGAACAAGCUGCAACAGAGAACGUCGGUCUAAGCAGCCCUGCUGAGACACCGGAGCCUACACAGCCUAAAAUGCUCGCAACAAAGCCAAAACCGGCCGGUCUCGGUUUGGGCGGACUGGGCAGUCUGGGGGGUUUAGUUGCAGCACGAUCGAGAGAAUCGACACCCCCGAAGCCGUACCCGUCUAAGGUCUCACCCAUAUCGCCACCCGUGAUGGGCACCAGGCCUCAGUCUGAGCCUUUCAAAGAGUCUCCUGCACCCGAGAAACCUGCCGGGGUAUUCACCGAGUUCUUCGACGAACAACCAGUUACCACAGGAGUUUUGCCCGAGAACAUCGAUACGGUCCGUAUCCUGAAGACUCCACCGUACGACUUGAGCCCUAAUGGAAAAAUCAGGACCAUCCGAAAGCAGAUCCAUGAAGUGACAGGGGACGGAAAGAUUACCGCUAUUCACGCACACGAUGAACAUGUCUUGUUCCAGGACUGCAUUUACCUAUGCAUUCACACCUUCAGCAAUGCCAGCGGCUCCAAGGCUACCGAGGUCUAUCUCUGGGCAGGUAAUGGGGUAGCUGAAUCUACCAUUGAGGAUGUUCAGCUCUUUGCCAAGAACUAUGCCAAACAAAACCAGGGGACCUUGGUUUCGAUACGACAAGGAAAGGAAACGCCGAAUUUUCUUGACGCGCUUGGGGGCAUCAUCAUCACGCGACGAGGAGCAUUCCCGCCGGCCAAAGAGUAUAUGCUUUGCGGCCGUCGGCAUCUAGGUCGCCUUGUAUUCGAUGAAGUCGAUUAUGUUCUCAAGAGCCUCUGUUCGGGAUACACUUAUAUCAUCGCUACUUCACGUGGAAAGGUCUAUCUCUGGAAAGGUCGAGGAUGUUGUGCAGAGGAGUUAGCAGGUGCACGUCUGAUGGGCAUGGAUCUAGCACCAGGAGGCGACUUCCUCGAGGUUGAGGAAGGUUCGGAACCAGCCGAGAUGAUCCAGGUUUUCCCUCCUACCAUCGGCAAAGGACCUGCCAUUCCCCGAUCGGCGGACCACUGGCGGUACAAAGCUUCCUCGGAGCGAUACCAAACGCGGCUCUUCAAGAUCGAGCAACAGCAGUCUUCGGGAUGGGGGAGUCUCCAGACGCCAAGUCCUCCCAAGUCUCCGCUUCCGCCGGGAAUGAGCACUAAGAUCGUGGAACUUAUGCCGUUUUGCCAGCGGGAUCUGGAGCCUGAGCAUAUAUACGUCCUCGAUGCCUACUUUGAGAUGUACAUUAUCGUUGGUCCCCUCUCCCGCUCGCAACAUCACGCUUUCUCUACCGCUUUGAUGUUCGCGCAAGAAUAUGUCAUACUAGCGGUGACUGAGGAAGACCGCCCGAUCAAACCUCCCACGACGAUCUUACUCGAAGGCGUCCCGCGGGACAUGCGAGCCGUCUUCCGCCAUUGGGAUGACUCAAUAGUGCCUGCUGCCGGCCUCAUGAACGGCAAGCUCGGCCGCGGCAAGAGUCUACGGAUCGUCAGCAUGGAGAAGGCAAUUGAAGCGACGCGGCGACGAUGAGACUUGUUAUAUACACUCGAUGGGCGUUCUGGGCGACUGGCAUGGUGAUCUGGGAUCGAUCUUGACGACUUGCAUACGCUGUUUAUGUUAAUGAUUGAGGGAUGGGGGUUAGACGGAGGCCCAGAGCUAUACUUCUUCCUUGUGUUAAUGGACUCAGAUACGGUGUCUUUUCUGUAAAUACGUUGCAUGCAUGGAUGGAAGAAAGCCGAGCAGCGGGCCGGCUUUGGCGAAAAU